GGGGGGGGGGGGGGGGGGCAUCUGAUAUACAGAUUUGACAUACCCUAGUUAAAUAUAUCCGGGUAGAUAGGAUCUCAUUGCACUGAAUGAGUGUUCACUUUCCACCGGCUCACUGUGGUGUGAUGAUGAAAACGUAAUUCAGAAUGGAUCUACUGACUCAAUAACCUCUGUGAAACACCCGACUACAUGAGAGAUAAUUCAAAUCACAGGAUACUUUCCAUGACAACGAAUAUUAAGUUGGAAGCUUUCACUGAACAAUUACCAAGCAAAUGCAGCCACUUUCCUAACAAUGAGUUUUAAAGGAUUUGAUCCAUUCAAGUUUUUUGAGGUUGAUCAUAAACCAUGUACAAUUCUGAACAUCAAAGUUGUACGAGGAUACAACAUCACCAAAGGCUGGGCCAAGGACUGGUUGGACACACCAGACCCCUAUGUGACCCUUCUAAUCAGCACGUCACCUAGUGGAUGGCAGAAGACAUCCAUCAAGGACAAUGAAGUUAACCCCGUGUGGAACGAAACCUUCACUUUCUUUUUGGAUCCUGCUCUGGAGAAUGAGCUUGAUAUCAAACUGAUGGAUGCCAACUAUGUAAUGGAUGAGGAGUUGUCUUCCCAAAUCAUGCCACUCAAACCUCUCCCACUGAACAAGACAAUAACUCAAAGAAUCAAGUUUAAUGAGACAUCAGAAGUGGAAAUACAGAUGUGGGCAAGUAUUGACGAUAAUCCUCAACUGCGCUACAGCUUGGCCCUGUGUGAUGAGGAAAAAUCAUUUGUUCAAACACGAAAGAUAAAUAUGCUGGAAUCUAUGCGAGAGAUUCUCAAAGAAGAUGGUCCGAGAACUAUGCGAGAAGUUCCCACUGUUGGUGUGUUGGGCUCUGGGGGCGGUUUCCGUGCCAUGACAGCGCUGUGUGGCGUCAUGACCGCAUUGGUCGACAGCAAGAUCCUCAACAUGGUCACUUAUGUAGCUGGUCUGUCAGGAUCUGCAUGGUACAUUUCCCAGCUGUACUCUCACCCUGACUGGCCAUCGAGAAGUCCAGGCGAACAGAGAGAAGAGUUGAAACGUAACAUUGAACACAGUCCAUUCUGGCUUCUGGGUCCACAAAGCAUGUUCCGCUACAUCAAGCGUAUCAUAGAGAAGAAAAAACAGGGCCAGCCAGUCUCCUUCACUGACUUGUUUGGUCACCUGGUAGGGGAGACAAUCCUCAAAGGGAGAAUGGACUGCAAGUUAUCGGGGCUGAAAGAUAAGCUAGAAGAUGGCAGCAUUCCAAUGCCAAUCUACACGUGUUUACAUGUAAAGAAACACAUACCAGCUAUGAAAUUUCAUGAAUGGAUGGAGUUCUCACCAUUUGAGAUUGGCAUGCCAAAAUAUGGAACCUUCAUGAAACCGGAACUUUUUGGAAGCAAGUUCUUCAUGGGACAACUAGUUAAAAGACAUCCAGAACCUUAUUUACAUUUCUUACAAGGUAUCUGGGGCAGUGCAUUCUGUAUCCAAUUCAAACAUCUGCUGAAAGAUGACAAAAACGUUGAUAUGGCUGAACUCAUGAGACGAGAAAGGGAGGAACUUGUAAAUGAGUUGCAGAAGGAGCUGGAUAACCAGACAGAUGAAGAAAGUGACACAACGGAAUCUGAAAGCGAAGACUCUGGUGGAGAAAAAUCAUCGCAAAUCAAACAACCACAGCAACAUCUUCAACGCCACCGAUCGCAGAAACACAAGCCACUGCAGCGCAUGCCGUCCAAGAAGCAGGAACAGCAGCAGCCGUCGUUCUGGUCGUCCAUGCUGGAGAAAGUGUUUGACAGUCACUCCCUUCUUCAUACCAUCGAUGGGCGGGCCGCCAUGGUGCACAACUUCAUGCGGGGUCUGUCUCUCUCCAACUGCUAUCCUGUCUCACCGUUCCAAGAUACUAAACAAGAUGAUCAGUUCGAUGGUAUAUUUGAGAUGUACCCGACCAACAUCAAGAAGCUGUAUGUGGUGGACGGCGGUCUGACGUUCAACUCCCCCUACCCGCCCAUGCUGAGGCCUCAGAGAAGUGUCGACCUGCUACUGUCCUUCGACUUCAGCGCCAGGCCCAGUGACACCACACCACCAUUCAAAGAGCUGCUUCUUGCUGAAAAAUGGGCACGCCUGAACAAAGUACCAUUUCCUCCAAUAGACCCAACAGUGAUAAACCGGGAAGGUUUAAAGGAGUGUUAUGUGUUCCAGGACAAAAGUGACCCCCACUGUCCAAUUGUGCUGCAUUUCUGCCUUGUUAACAUUACAUUCCGCCAAGAGAAAUACCCAGGGAUCAAAAGAGAGACAGAAGAAGAAAAAAAGUUUGCUGAUUUCGAUAUAUUUGAUGACCCAGAAAGACCGUAUUCAACAUUCAACUUCAAAUACACAAAUGAGGCCUUUGAAAGGCUUUCUGCCCUGAUGGAAUUCAACACCCUGAUGCACAAGGACUUAAUACUGCAGAAGAUAAAGGAGUGCAUCAAGGUUCGCCGGCGCCACAGUGUGCGGCGACCGUUUAAACUGAAAGAUAUUCGAAGACUAAGUCAGAAACUCAAACACAAGGCAGACGAAGAAAAACUGACAGCUUAUUUAAGAUCUCUUGACAUGGAGGAACCUCCUGUGGAAUGUGAUAGUGAGCAAGACAAACAAUAGCACUGUUUAUAAGUGGAUAUAUACAACAUUGGUUUAUCCAGUUUCAUGCAGCUACUUGGUUGAAACACCCCUUUUAAAGUGACAGACCCUAGGUUUUAAUUACUGUUGUGUAAUUUUCAUUAUUAAAUCUGUUUUUGACAAUUGAA